AUUAUUAUAUAUUAGUCAAUAGUACGUGACCAUCUAUAGUUUGCGUUAAUAUACACAGCAAAAUGGACAUGUUUUUACGUCGAGUACUGAUAUAUACAUCCUGGACUUUUAUUCUAUUCAACAUCGCUAACGGCCUGACGUGUGGUCAAACAAAAUGUUCAGAUGGAGAGCAUUGUUGCAGUAAGGACGAAGGGGAGGAAAAUAACUGUUGUUGUAAAAGUAGCGCAACAGGAUUCACUAGACAUUGUUAUUCUGGGACAUCUGUUCAAUUUCCAUGGUGGGCAGGUGUGAUUAUAGGUAUUGUGGUGAUUGCCAUUAUUGCAGCCGUCGUGAUCAUACUGUAUAGACGAAGGAGGAGACAGGCAGCAUAGCGCUUUUCACGAAUGUAGAGUUACGGUUGUUUUAGCUGAGAUAAUUCACCUAUGAGUUCCAGAAAACUGGAUGUUCUUCAAUGUUUGAACUCACUGAAUUUAAAUAACAUGUUAAAGGUUACCAUAAA